ACUUCUCUGAAUAUUUUAACUCAGCAACGCGAUUUCUUCAAACGAUGUAUUUUAAUUGUUAAGCACAUGUCACUGUGAACAACUGGAAAAUUUAAUCCGCAUCAAGAAACAUUAAUGAAGUCAAACCUUUAUGUAAAUUGUGUUAUGAUUAAAUACAAGAGCAUGACAAAACUAGAGCAUGAAUCGCCCAACAUUGCGAAGAUCUGAGCGCUUAGCAAACCGUCGAACGGCCGUCAGACACAAAGAUUUACAGGUCCCGAAGCGUACGCAUCGCAGGCGAGCAAUGAACAGGACCUUAUUCGAAGGACAACUGAAUCAAAGUACCGCCAGUGACAGGCAACAGGGUAGAAGCUUAGCUGGGCAAGAGUUGAGAGGUGGCAUCCGCGAUGUCAGAGAGCAACAGCGACAGGAUGAGCAACAGCCAGCUGAGCAGCAGCAAAGCGCUGAAGUUGCAUAUGUUAGACAACAUACUGCAAGCGCAGCCCAGCAACAGGACAGAAGCAUAGAUGGGCAACAACAAAGAGAUGAAAUCCCACGUAUUGGAGAGCAGACUGAUAGUAGAAAUGAGCAGAGCGAUGAAGUCACGAUCAUUGGACAACAGAUUGCAGACGAUAAUGAUGUUAUUUAUAUGUAUACAGUCGACCACCAGAAUGGGAGAAUAGUCGAAAUCGUUGACCUUGCUGAAGAGAAUCAGCAAAAUACUGCUAGAAAUGUCCGGUUAACUGACCAAGCUACAGAACCAUCUAAUGCUCAAGAUCCAAGUCAGUCUGUGGUCGUCAUUGGAGAAAUCCCGAAGAAGAACGGUAAGACUGAUGAUGUGUGCAUUUCUAGCAAUUCGAAAGAAUUUCUCAAGUAUCAAUGACAAUCAAUCAAGACGCCCAUCGACCAAAACAUUCAGAAAAACCGAAGCCACCAAAAAAGAGGCAAAGGCACUCGCCAGACAUUCGAUGUCCUUCUUGUCGACGUAGUUAUGACAACAUUCAAAAGAGGGGACAGGGUCUGCACUCUUCUCGAUGCGGUCACCUGUUGUGUUUGCCAUGUUUCAAUAAGUUACCUGAACCACGCCGGUGUGUCGUCUGCAGAAUGAAGAUCAUGGAUUUCUGUAGAAUAUUUUUAUAAUUGAAGAAUAACUAUUUGUGUGUAAUUUCAUAACCAAUUUUUAAUGGUCACAAGCUAAGUGUUCGAAAAAUCUUUUAUUCUUUUGUAUUACCUAAAAUUUUCUAGUUUAUAUUUUAAUAAAUUUUGAUAUAGUUUUUUAUUUACAUUGUAGAUAAUAAAAUUCGUCGCGAAAUGUGUGUAGUUCUUAAUGUGUAUUAAUGU